AUUUUUAUAUUUUAAUCGAUGUUCAACUCGCACACACUGGUUGACUUGUAAAUUUUUGUGUUAAUCUUGUUAUAAUAUUUCAGUCAUUUCGUUACUUUCGACGGUCCACAUCGUAGACCACCGAGUGUUAAAAGUUAAAUUUCAUUCGAAAGUUUUUUUUUCCUCUAUUUCGGGCAAAAAUGUCUAAAGAAAAUGGUGAAUCGCAGUUUGGAUUUAAGGAUAAGGCCAAGGCUGAGGAAACGUUGACAUUGCUUGAAGAGCAUGAUAUGCAAUACCGAAAGCUCACGGUGAGAGGAUUGUUGGGCCGUGCAAAGAGAGUUCUAACGAUGACAAAAGCCGAGGAAAAAAUAAAAAAUAUCAAGGAAGCAAUGGAAGUGUUCGAAAAUUGGUUGGAGGAGAACGGGGGCGGCAGUUCCAACAAAAACACCAAAACCGAUUCCAACGAUAAGGUGGACACGGUGCCCGGUCUGGGAUUCAAGGAUAAAGAAGCAGCCGAGAAAACGUUGAAGAUAUUGGAUGGACGGGAUCCGGACUAUCAGAAGUUGGCUGUAAAAGGUUUAAUUGGAAGUUCGAAGCGGGUACUCGGCGGAACGAAAAGCGAAGACAAAAUCAAAGCUAUUAAGGAAGGCGUAGCUGUGUUGGAAGACUUUCUUGAAAAAUUUGAACUCGAAAAUCGUUCGAAAUUGAAUUUUGCGUAUUUGGCUCACAGUAUCAUUGCGUCAUUUCCUAAGCCAUCGAACAAAUUGGCCGCCGAGUUUGUUGACGUGUAUGGCGGUCGGGCUAAAGGAAACUAUAAACAUCUACGCACACUGUAUCCGAAAGACAAUGACUCACUGACCUGGGACAUCGUUCGCAACCAGGAAGUGAAGUUGCUAAAGGAGAAAAUUGCCAAAAAUAGCGCGAAAUUGUUUGGUGAGGAUGGAUCACCGACCGAAGAUCAUUUGAAUAUGAUUUAUUGGGCUUACAGUCCCCAGACGGAUAAGGUUAAAUCGUUUGCUGAAAAGAACAAGACAAAGGGGGAAAAACGUAAAUCGUCUGCCCCAUCGUCCGACUCGUCGAGCGACAGCGAAGAGGAACAGAAAAAAUCGAAGAAGCGUCGAUCGUAAGGAUUUUGUGUCGCUUUUUCUGAUUACAAUUCCGAGUUUAAUAAAAACCAAAAUUGACUUAAUUUACCAACGGUUCAACGGGAUACUGUGGAAUGAAUUGUGAUAAAUUAAGUCUGUUUGAAGACACCAUUCUCGAUUUUUCACUCUUUGACGCUGAAAAGCUACUAAAAAAACGAAUUGACUAACUACCUUGUGUUGCUCAGGAAAAUUGUAUUUAAAAAAAACAUUUUUUUGUCUUGUCGAAUAAAAAAAGCAAAAAAAUA